CCUCAAAACAAGCUACUUACCUAGGUAGGUACACGACUCGAAAAGUUUACCAUAGCCUUGCAGACGAGGCUGGGCCCCUGCGGCACUAGCCGUUCCCACCAACCGUAAUACUAUCCCAAGGCUGUAUGAUAUAUCCUCCAUUCCCGUGCGCUUCUCCAUCGCAAACAUAUUCACAAUGGCGCCCGUCAGCCAGCCCGACCACAUGGUCGUCGAACAACAACUUCGAGAUGUCAUUCAGGACCUCUUCCAGAUUAUGGUCCAGGUGAAUAGCUACGACACAGCAACCCACUCCAGCAACACCGUCCUCCAAAACUCAGUCAAAACACUCCACAGCUCCCUCCUAAAAAUCUACAAAACCGCCAACAACCCCACAGUCAACCUCCCGCACAUCCCACCCGAACUAAUCCAAUACGUGGACAACGGUCGGAACCCGGACAUCUACACGCGAGAAUUCGUCGAGCUGGGCCGGAAGGGCAAUCAGUUGAUGAAGGGGAAGAAAGAGGCGUUUGGGAGUUUUAGAGAUGUGCUCGCUGAGGAGAUGUGUAAUGUGUUUCCCGAGAUGAGGAGCGAUGUUGAGAUGGUGGUUAAGGCUACCGGAGGCGAUGUUGCGAAGCUGCCGGUUCCGAAAGAGGAGGUGGCUAAGAAGGAGAAUUGAGGACGGACAAGCUAUUGAAGUUUGCGGGACAGGACAUCAAAAUGGCGUUAUGGGCUGGGUGGGAUUGGGACAUUGGAGUUCACGGUCCAUCUUUCGGCGUUGAUUAUGGCGUCAUGCACAUUCACAAAAGCAGAAUGUCGGGGCCAAUUUCAAUGACUUUCAGAGUCAUAUUUCAUUCCAUCGGAUCAAGACACCUAAUCACAAAGAGCAGUACAUUCCAUUUCAACAAUAGCGUUGAACGGCAAGUCCGCAACCGCAACGCAAGUCCUUGCCUACACAAUAUCCUAGUCAGUCUCCCUUCCAAUCCACAAGUCCUCACACCAGAAAAAGAACAAACAUACCGGUUUCCGCCCCGGAAAAUGAGUAAUAUAAGUCUCAUUCAUAGCUUUGAAAUCCCCAAAAUCCUUGAUAUAAACAUU